AUGACUUACGAUAUCGAUCACUUGAAAACAUUGCCUUUUGCAGACCGCACGUACGCGACCACCCCUAGAGUCAAAGACAACUUCAUAUUCAAUCUUGCCAAGACGGACGAAACUGUCACCUUAAUCACUGCCCACGAUGCUGAUGAGAUGCCCUCAGGGUUGCUUCAUCUGGCAUGGAACGAAAUGAACUUUGUGAUUCGUGAAGGCCGGACAUAUCCACACUACUUAGAGUUUUCGUACGACGAUUUCCUUGCGUACUUCUUUGAGGGUUUUGCUGCGAUUUUGGUUGAAGGUAGAUAUGAAUCCACAUGGGAGAGUGAAUCGCAAGAUUUUUGGGACCAGAAGUACUUGGGACAUUUCUACAUCAAGCCCAACUAUAUUGGCCGAUGCCUGCAUGUGUGCAACGCUGGGUUUGUUGUGAAUCAUGGUCGUCGGGGCUUGGGACUUGGCAAAGAACUUGGCAAGCAAUACUUGACUAUUGCACCCAAGCUAGGUUAUGUAUACCUGGUGUUUAAUCUUGUUUUCGAGACAAACUCAGCAAGUUAUAAGAUAUGGGAAUCCUUGGGCUUUGAGCGUAUCGGGUACGUGAAAAAUGUUGCGAUGUUGAAAGGCGAGGACAAGUUGGUGGGUGCCUUCAUGUACGGCAAAGACCUCAAUUAA